AGCAGUAGUGAUGUGACAGUGACUAGGGUGGGCCUGCCUGGGGACCGCAGCACCAUUUCAAAGGCGUCCAUCGGGAGCGCGGGUGUCCCCUGUACUGCAGCAUCUCUGUGGGACUUCAGCUUUCCAGAGCUCACGGCAACUGUACCCACAGCUCCAUGGCCACACACUUGUUCCUCCUGAGCCUUUUCCUGCUGCUGCCACCACCUAUCCCCGCUCCCUGCUACACUGCCCCUCGGUCCGAAUGCAAGGAGAAGCGCAAGUUCGUGCCAGGUGCAUGGUUGGCUGGGGAAGGUGUGGACGUGACCACCCUCCGCCGCUCCGGCUCCUUCCCAGUGAACACAAUGAAUUUCCUGAGGCCUGACCGCACUUGCACCCUCUGUAAAAAUGCCCUGCAAAAGGAUGCUAUACAACGCCUGCCUCUGGCCAUUGCCCACUGGCGGCCUCACAGCUCAGGCUGCCAGCGAAAAGUGGCCACAGCCAAAGUCAGCUCGACGGAGGGUGUGGCCCGGGAUGCAGCUGCUAACAUCAAUAAUGACUGGCGUGUGGGGCUGGAUGUGAACCCCAAGCCCGAGGCAAGCAUGCGCGUGUCCAUGGCUGGCUCCCACUCCCAGGUAGCCAACUUUGCAACCGAGAAGACCCAUCAGGACCAGUACAGCUUCAAUUCUGACACAGUGGAGUGUCACCUGUACAGUUUUCGCCUCGUCCAAAAACCCCCACUACACCUCGAUUUCAGAAGGGCACUCAGGAGGCUUCCCCCCAACUUCAACACCUCUACGAAGGAUGCUUAUGACAGACUCAUCUCGUCCUACGGCACCCACUUUAUUACGGCUAUGAACCUAGGUGGCCGUGUCUCGGUCCUCACAGCCCUGCGCACAUGUCAGCUGGCCCUGGAAGGGCUCACCGCUGACGAGGUAGGCGACUGCCUGAACGUGGAGGCCCAGGUCAGCAUCGGCGCCCAAGCCAGUGCCUCCAGUGAGUACAAAGCCUGUGAGGAGAAGAAGAAACAGCACAAGAUGACCACCUCUUUCCACCAGGCUUACCGAGAGCGUCAAGUCGACGUGGUCGGCGGCCACCUCGGUUCCACGCAAGACCUGCUCUUCGGGAACCAGGCUACCCCCGAGCAGUUCUCAACCUGGAUAACCUCUCUGGUCAGCAGCCCUGGGCUGGUGGAUUACAGCCUGGAGUCCCUGCACGUGCUGGUGGAAGAUGUGGACCCGAGGCGGGAGGCACUGAGACAGGCUAUCAGCCAUUAUGUGGUAGGCAGGGCUCGUUGGCAGAACUGUAACCAACCCUGUAGGGUAGGCCGGCAUAAGAACACACGGGACUCAUGCCAAUGCACAUGCCACGAUUCGAAGGUCACCAACCAGGACUGCUGUCCACGCCAGAGGGGCUUGGCCCACCUGCUGGUGACCAAUUUCCAGGCAAAGCAUCUGUGGGGAGACUACGUUACAGCCUCUGAUGCCUAUGUGAAGGUCUUCUUUGGUGGCCAGGAGCUGAGGACCAGCACAGUGUGGAACAAUAACCACCCCAAGUGGACUGACAAGCUGAACUUUGGGAAUGUGCUCCUGGCCACAGGCGGACCCCUGAGGGUGCAGGUCUGGGAUGCUGACAAUGGUUGGGAUGAUGACCUUCUCGGUUCUUGUGACAGGUCUCCCAAGGCUGGUACCCAUGAGGCGACCUGUAACCUGAACCAUGGCAGUAUUACAUUCCACUAUGAAGUCAAGUGUUUAACCCACCUGACUGGAGAGACCUGCCUGGAGUAUGCCCCCGUGAGCUACCUAGGAGAUCCUCCAGGAAACCGCAGUGGGGCUGUGUGGUAAAAAAAAGCAUGCCUUGUGAGCCGGGCAUUGUGGCACAGGACUUUAAUCCCAGCCCUUGGGAGGCAUAGAUAUACUUAGGAAGACCCUGUCUCACACACACACACACACACAAAAACAAAUAGCAAAAUAGCACACCCUGAAGUGCUCAACUGAGUUUGACCAGGGGGGUUCACAAUGGCUUAAUAUUCAAUAGAGACUGAGACUUGAACCAGAGCUUCCCUGACCCUCACUGUCCACACUGCCUCAGUCUCCGAUGUCACCAAGCCUGACAGCUACUGUUGGUGCACAGCACAAACACUGGCCAGGAACCCAGCAGACAGCCAGAAGGCUGACUCCACCGAACUUUAAGGCCCUCCCUCCUUAACACAGCAAGAUCGUUUGUUUGAGACGACCUCUGUGCCCCAAUUCCUGUGUGCCCCGAUUCCUGUGUGCCUUUUGUCCCUCAUUCUGAUCCUGACAAAUCAAGGCCUGUGACACCGAGUAUAUAGCUUGAUAGAGGGCCAAUAAAUAUGAUCUGAUGGUAA